UCAGUUUCAUUUUACAUUUCUUCAUUUCAGAACCAGCAUCUCAUUGUUUUCCGGGACUGAAGAAUAUAAGAACAUUUUAAAAGAAAAACGCACGAAGGUGUUUUACGUGACCAGAAAAUAAGAGAAGCAUUCUGGGCCACUUAACGUCAGUUUCCUUUGUAAUUGCCCCUCUAUAUUAUGGCUCCCAAUGGUACUAGCACAACUCUCUCAUUGCCUGUUGAAAACACGAGCACACACCUUAAAUCCUCCAUGGACAAUGUGGAUGCCCCAACAAAUGACCGCACGCCUGUCAGUUCCACUGCCUCGUCUGCCUGCCCACCACUUCCUUUGAGCCCCAUUGUACCAGUACAGCGGCCCACCAAUUACUGGCCAAUGCUGAACAUGAAGCGUGAGUCUGACCGUCGGAAGACAUAUGAGAGAUGGGUGGUGCCCUUUAUGGACCCGAAUCGCCUGGCGGCUGCUGGGUUUUACUACAUAAACCAGGGUGAUGUGGUGCGAUGUGUGUUCUGUGGGGUUGAGGUGGGGCACUGGGAAGAAGGGGAUGAUCCCUUCAGGAACCAUCAACGUUGGGCCCCAUCCUGUGGGUUCGUCAGAGGUUUGCAAGUUGGAAACAUUUCCAUCAGUCAGGAUGGCCUGCCUGAGGGGCCAUCAGCUCAAGAAGCAAGUCGUAGCUAUGAUGUCUGUGGGCCAUACCUGGAGUUCAGACCGAAUUCUGGCCCCGAGAGAGCGGUGAGCAGUGGCUUGAACCACAACCUGUUGACACCAGAGGAACUGCAGAAACAUG